AAUAAACUUCUGACUUGUGACUUGUGAAUGCUGGUAUAAAAGUUAAUUAAAGAAAUUAAAUAGUCAUAUAAGGACGUUUUCCCAUUUAUUUAUUUCUAGAAGAAUAGUUUUAUUUGCAAAAAUAAAUGUUAUUUUAAGAAAAAUCUAGCACUAAUAAAUUUUGUCUGUGAAAAAUAGAGAAAAGGCUUGCAAGUCUGACAUUUUGAAAUGGACGUUUUUUUAAUGAUAAGGCGGCAAAAAACUACAAUUUUUACAGAUGCCAAAGAAAAUACUACUGUGAGUGAACUUAAAAGAAUGAUUGAAGGAAUUCUAAAGGUAAAACCGUCAGAUCAGAUAUUAUAUAAUAAGGAUAAUAUACCAAUGGAAGAUGAGCAAACUCUGCUAUACUAUGGUAUAACAAUGUCAACAGCAAAAGCUCAAGCACCGGCUCAACUUGGAUUAGCUAUACGAUUGAAUAACGUUGCAACACCUGAAUUUGAAUGCCUUGAAAUUACUCCAUAUUCUUCACCGCCUGAUUUGCCUGAUGUAAUGAAGAAUCAGGAAGCCGCAAAUGGGCAAGAGCAAAUUGCUUAAAAUAAAAGAAAUAUUUGAAAGAAAUUAAAAAAUUUUCAUGAACAGAGCGACAAAUAUUUUGAUUUCAGCAUCUUGGGAUUCAAAUUGUUGAUUUUUUUUAUCCAUGAUAAUUUAGUUGCAAGAAAAUAUGUUAAUUCUAUUAGAAAUUCAAAAUUAGAGUUUAAAAACAAAAAUUAGGAAAACAAAUAUGGGAUUGAACACAUUCUUUUGUUAAAUUUUUCAAUAAAUUCAUAAUAUGUACAUUUUUUUAGAAAAUUUUUUUAAUGAGUAGUUUUUGAUAAUGUUUUAUGUCGUCCAUAAAUUUUGUAUUGGCUUUAGGAUGUAAUUUUGAUUUUUUAUAGCUUUAAAACGCGGAUUUUCGUCGGCGUCAGCUUCUGAAAAUUUAAAAAAAAAUCUUGUUUGAUACAUCAUCAGGCUGUGUACUAAAAAUCAUUCAUGUGCAUCCUAAAACCGUCUUUUUUAUGUUUUUAAUGACGGCAAAUAAAUCAUUUUACAAAUGCUCAUUACCGAUUUAAUUUAAUUGUAAGACUUCCGGCAUUUAUAAAUAAUAAAAACUUUAAAUUAAAAUUUUUGUGAAUAGCGGUGCCUAGGUACACACUUAAACUUUUUAAUUAAAAACCAUUUGUAUGGCUAGCAUA